UCCUUCGUGCUCUCUGAGCUUGGUGCACAAAUUGAAGUGAUACCAUGCAAAAUUUGUGGUGACAAAUCCUCUGGAAUACACUAUGGGGUCAUCACCUGUGAAGGCUGCAAGGGAUUCUUCAGGAGGAGUCAGCAAAACAAUGCCUCGUAUUCCUGCCCAAGGCAGAGAAACUGUUUAAUUGACAGAACCAACAGAAAUCGCUGCCAACACUGCCGACUGCAGAAGUGUCUUGCCCUGGGAAUGUCUCGAGAUGCUGUAAAGUUUGGAAGAAUGUCCAAGAAGCAGAGAGACAGUCUCUAUGCUGAGGUACAGAAGCAUCAGCAGCGGCUGCAGGAGCAGCGCCAGCAACAGAGCGGCGAGGCUGAAGCCUUGGCCCGAGUCUACAGCAGUAGCAUCAGCAAUGGCUUAAGCAACCUGAACAAUGAAACGGAUGGCACUUAUUCAAAUGGGCACAUCAUUGACCUGCCGAAGUCAGAGGGUUAUUACAGUGUGGAUUCUGCUCAGCCCUCCCCAGAUCAGUCUGGCUUAGACAUGACCGGAAUCAAACAGAUCAAGCAAGAACCUAUUUAUGACCUCACUUCUGUACCAAACUUGUUUACCUAUAGCUUUUGCAACAAUGGACAAUUAGCUCCAGGGAUAACCAUGGCAGAAAUAGAUCGAAUUGCACAGAAUAUAAUUAAGUCCCAUUUGGAGACAUGUCAGUAUACAAUGGAGGAACUACACCAGCUAGCCUGGCAAACCCACACGUAUGAAGAAAUCAAAAUAUACCAGAGUUCUGACGACCUUGUGAAUGAAGCAUUUGACUUCGCAAAGAAUUUGUGUACAUUGCAGCUGACCGAGGAAGAAAUUGCCUUGUUUUCAUCUGCUGUUCUGAUAUCACCAG